AUGGCAAGCGAUAUUAGGAGGGAGAGCGAGAGGCGAGCGAGAUUGGAAGAGGGAGGAGAGAGGCGAGCGAGAAGGGCAGAGUGUAGGAGAGAGUAUCCAAUAAACGGGGAAACACUGGUAUCAGCGGGAGAAAAGUUUGAAAUGGGAUUCUUUUCUAAUGAUGCAGGGUUAAACAGAUAUGUAGGUAUAUGGUAUUACAAAUUAAGUCCUCGAACUGUCUGGGUUGCUAAUUGGAAUGAUUCGAUUCAGCAUCCAAUAAAAAACAAGGCGAUUGUUUCAAUUGUCGUUGAAGAUGGUAACCUCAAAGUUUUGAAUUCAAUUAGUGGAUACACUUAUAUCUCCUCAGGAGUAGAUGGGCAAAUAAAACCCAACACGAUGCAGACAUCCUCACGGAAUCAGAGACCCCUUGUUAUUUCCAUCUCUGUAAUUCUUGGAGUUAUGGUUCUAUGUGGUAUUAUUUAUAUGAUUUAUCUGAAAAGAGUGGAAAGAAGUAAAGCCAGAGAAAUUGUUUUGGGGAUGCCUAUGGACUACUUGCCUCAUAGAGAUAGUUUUGAUGAAGAUUUAAUUACUGAAGAUGAUAAGAAACGGAUUGAUGUCCCGUUUUUCAGCUUGAAUAGCAUACUAGUUGCUACACAAAACUUCUCAAAUGCAAGUAAGCUCGGGAGUGGUGGAUUUGGACCUGUUUAUAAGGGUAAGUUUCUCGGAAGUACAGAUAUGGCAGUUAAAAGGUUGUCAAGUGAUUCUGGACAAGGUGUUGAAGAAUUUAAAACUGAAGUAAUGUUGAUUGCAAAACUGCAGCACAGAAAUUUAGUUAGGCUUCUAGGCUAUUGUGUUGAGAGAAAUGAAAAGAUUUUGUUAUAUGAAUAUAUGCCCAACAAAAGCUUGGAUACGUUUCUAUUCGAUCAUGCAUUCUGUCAAUUACUGGACUGGAGGAUCCGUUUUGAAAUUAUAUUGGGUAUUGCUCGAGGGCUACUUUAUCUUCACCAAGACUCGAGGCUAAGGAUCAUUCAUAGAGAUCUAAAAACGAGCAACAUAUUGUUAGAUGAAGAAAUGAAUGCCAAAAUAUCAGAUUUUGGCUUGGCAAGGAUUGUUGAAGGCAAAAAUACAGAAGCUAAUACUAACAAAGUCGUUGGAACAUAUGGCUAUAUGUCUCCGGAAUAUGCAAUGGAGGGACUCUUUUCAAUCAAGUCUGAUGUAUUUGCCUUUGGAGUGGUCUUACUCGAGAUCAUAAGUGGGAGGAGAAACAUGGAAUUUUUCGAAGAUGUAAACCUCAUUGGUCAUGUAUGGAGACUCUGGACGAAAGACAGUGCAUUAGAAAUGAUGGAUCAAACCAUAGUUGAGUCGUGCGAUGAAAAUGAAGUGCUAAAGUGUGUGAAUGUGGCACUCCUAUGUGUUCAAGAAGAUCCAGCUGAACGUCCUGUAAUGUCAAAUGUUGUUUUUAUGCUUGGAGGUGAAAGCAUAACACUCCCACGACCAAAUCAACCAGCUUUUAUAGCACGAAGAAAUAGCGCUGGUGCAAGUACAUCAUCUUCGUCUUCUAAGCUCUACAACACUUCCAACAAUGGGUUGACAAUAACUCAACAAGUAGGCCGAUGAAAUCGAUAUAUAUAUAUACAUAUAUAUAUAUAAGUUAAAUGCAUAACGUACUGAAGCCAACAAUGUGCCGGUAUAACUUUUCUUCAAUUUAAGUUUGAAUUUCUGUUAAA